AUGGUGAAGCGCCAGUUGCAACCUCUAAUGAUGCUAUUAGACAAAAAUAAUAUAAAAGCAAUAUUUGCCAUGGAGCCAAAAAGUCGCAAAAAAGUCCCGAAGGAAAAGAGCCUUGGGUUUAUUGAGUACAUAAAUCCAGAUUAUAAGGAAGAUACUAAUGGACUGGAUCCCAAAAAAUAUGUGAAAGAGAUCGCUCAGAAGAAGGGUCAAAAGCUCAAAAAGCAGGCAGGUGCAGCUAACACCAUAAUAAUAGGCGCUGACACCGUCGUCGCCAUCGGUAGCAAAAUACUUUCAAAACCAAAAGAUGACGAGAAUGCAAUGACUAUACUAAAAAGACUAUCAGGCGAUAAAAAUGUGGUCGUAACUGGGUUAGUAAUGUUGUUCCCUAAACGUCCUGAUUUAUUUUACUCUGGGAAAACCAUCGUGGAGUUCGGGAAGCUGACUGACGUGCAGAUGCGCUAUUAUGUGAAGAGUGGUGAAGCCAAGACCAUCGGAGGCUACGCAAUUCAAGGUCUGGCCGGUACCUUCAUAAAAGGCAUCGAAGGAGACUACUUCAGCGUCCUGGGUGCGCCUGUUGAUGAGAUCUGUGAAGAAUAG